CUCUUUCGGAUCGCCGUCAGUCAACGUUGGCCCUUAAAUGUUUCCUUGCGGGCCUUCGUCGGGUUUGUCCAGCCCAGCCACACCCCCAAUUGGCAAUUCCCAUGAAGCUGCGGUCCCGACCCGAAUAAAGUGCGGAUCAUAACGCUACGGAACACAGGGAAGUGACUUAAAAGUGACGGUGUGCGAGUGUGGGAGAGAAGCAACCUCGUCGUGCGGGCCCCCAACAUUUCAAAUGUUCUUCUCCCUCUGAACCCUACGCAGGCACAAGAUUCAUGACCUUUUUUUCAAUUUAGGGUUUUCUUCCGCAAUGGUGGCAAUGAUGAUGGCCACGAACAAGAGGGAAAAGCUCGCGAGUCUGAUAAAUUCGGCCAAGUCCGCUUCCAAUAUACCGUCCAAACUUGAAUCCUUGCGUCAAUUAAAGCAGAAUUUGCUCCAUGAAGACCCUUCCUUGCUCUCCGAGUUCCUCUCUCCCCUCCUCGACCUCCAGUCCGACCGGUUCAGUCCGGUUCGUAAGCUCGUUGCAGAGAUGAUAGGUGAAAUCGGCUUAAAGCACAUGGAAUUCCUACCUGAAAUUGUACCUGCGCUGAUUACUGUUGUGGACGAUGGUACACCAGCUGUUGCUCGACAAGCCAUCACUAGCGGGAUUGAUUUAUUUCGUUCAACUCUUGAAAGAGUUGCAAUUCAGGGUCUCUAUUCAAGUGAAUUGAGCAGUUCAGUUGAGUCAUCAUGGGCAUGGAUGUUAAAAUUCAAGGACAAAAUAUAUUCCAUGGCUUUUCAGCUGGGAAGUGGUGGAACAAGGUUGCUGGCACUGAAGUUUGUUGAAGCUGUCAUUCUUCUUUAUACACCUGAUCCUAAUGGCUUGUCAGAGCCUCCUACUAAUGAAGGAGAGUCUGUGCAAUUUAAUAUAUCUUGGCUUCGUGCGGGUCAUCCAGUGCUUAAUGUUGGAGAUUUGUCAAUUGAAGCCACUCAUAGUUUGGGUCUAUUGCUUGAUCAGCUCAGGUUUCCAACAGUCAGAUCUCUUAGUAACUCUGCAAUAAUUGUGCUCAUUAAUAGUCUCUCAGCAAUCGCAAAACAAAGGCCUGCAUUCUAUGGACGGAUUCUUCCAGUUUUACUUGGUUUGGAGCCCUCAAGCUCUAUAAUCAAUGGAAUGCAUGUUUCUGCGGCACAUCAUGCUUUAAAAGGCGCCUUCCUCACCUGCUUGAAAUGUACUCACCCGGGUGCUGCACCGUGGCGAGAUAGUUUGGUGGAUGCCUUGAGAGAGAUGAAAGCUGGAGGGUUGGCAGAGCAAACUCUUCACCAAUUUUCUAAGAUUACUGGAAGUCUAGGUGAAGGAAAAGAAGAUUCCCCAGUUAUUAAGGAAGAGAAGGUUACAUGUAAAGCAGGUGAUGCUGUGGAUAGUAAUUUGGGAAGAAAAAGAUCUGGAGCACCAGAAAACAGUGAUCCAGCUGAAGAUAGAGAUAUGCCUGAAAAGCGUAUGAAAGCAUCGCCUAGUGUCUCAGAGGAAUCUACUAGAGAGUUGGAUAAAAGUAUCACAAUUCCUCAAGAUGGAAUUCCAUCAACUCGGCCAACCACUUCCAGAGGAGAUGUUGAUACUGGACCUGCGCAGCAACUUGUUGCUAUGUUUGGUGCCUUGGUUGCUCAAGGCGAAAAAGCCAUUGGCUCUUUAGAGAUUCUUAUAUCAAGUAUCUCUGCUGACUUGCUAGCUGAGGUAGUGAUGGCUAAUAUGCGUUACCUUCCUCCCAAUCUUUCCAAAGCUGAAGGAGAUGAUUUGCUGAUGAACAUGACUAUAGUUGGGAGUGAUACUGAUGCUAAAUAUCCUCCAUCAUUUAUAGCAGACGUUCUGUCACUUUCUAGUACUUUCCCACCGAUAGUCUCACUGUUAGAUGCUCACCAGUCUAUAUCCAAUGAAAUAGUGAAACCUCAUAGCAAGGAAGAACAUGCUGCUUCUGUAGUUGAUAGUGUUGUUGGACAUUCUGGCAUGGACCAUGAUUCUGACAAUCUGAUUUUGCCUGCUGGUGUAUCAGCUUCUUCUGAUAUUGUUUUGUCUGAAAUGGAGAAAGGUUGUUUUCCAAUUACAUCUGAUAUCCAUGACAUGGGGAAUCUAGAGAGUGAGAUACCUGGCUUGGAUUCUUCUGCUCUUACUGAUGGAUUGUCAGAGACACAGGUUGCUUCCUCCUUGGCCUCCACUGAUCUGGAAGAUGCCAGUCAAGAGCAAGUUACAAGUUUGGUUCAGACAACACUGAAUUUACAUCCAUCAAUGUCAACAGACAGGUCCGAGGAACUUAGCCCAAAGGCAGCUGUUACAGAUGUCAGCAGUCUGGUCUCAUCAACAGAAACUUCUGUUGUGUUGUCUUUUCAUGUCAUCUUGCCCAAGAUGUCAGCACCUGUUGUUUACCUUGAUGAUGAACAGAAGGAUCAUUUGCAGAAAUUGGCUUUUAUACGCAUUGUUGAGGCAUAUAAGCAAGUAGCAGUUGCUGGAGGUGCACAAGUCCGCUUUUCACUGCUUGCAUAUUUAGGGUUUGAGUUUCCCUUGGAGCUAGACCCUUGGAAACUGUUACAAAAGCAUAUACUGGAAGAUUACAUGGGUCAUGAGGGACAUGAGUUGACCUUGCGUGUCCUCUACAGGUUAUAUGGCGAGCAAGUAGAGGACCGUGACUUCUUUUCUUACACAGCUGCGGCUUCUGAAUAUGAAAAAUUCCUUCUUACUGUGGCAGAGACACUUAGAGAUUCUUUUCCACCUUCAGAUAAAUCAUUAAGUAGAUUGUUUGAUGAAGCUCCUGAUCUGCCGAAGUCAAUUUUAAAAUUACUAGAAAGCAUGUGUUCUCCUGGAAACUUUGAUAAAGCUGAGGAGUUACAAAGUGGGGAUCGCGUUACUCAAGGUCUCAGUGUUGUGUGGAGAUUGAUUAUACAAAGGCCACCCAUUCGAGAUGUCUGCUUGAAAAUUGCCUUACAGAGUGCAGUCCAUCACUUGGAGGAAGUGCGUAUGAAGGCAAUACGUCUGGUGGCAAACAAGCUUUUUCCUUUAUCAUCCAUUGCCAAACAGAUUGAAAGUUUUGCAAAAGAAAUGUUGUUCUCUGUAAUAGGUGAUGAUGUGGCAGAUGGAAUUGAUACUGAAGGAUCAGUCAGAGAAGCACAGAAGGAUUCUGAGAUUGAAAAGCCUGUGGAUGAACGUCUGUCAGUGAGUGCCAACAGUAAGGAUAUUUCCUCUGAUACUCAUCAAUCGAGCAUGUGUCAGAGUGUUUCCUCCCUUUCAGUCUCAGAGGCACAGCGUUGCAUGUCUCUGUAUUUUGCCUUGUGUACUAAGAAGCACUCCCUUUUCCGUGAAAUAUUUGUAGUCUAUAAGAGCAUGCCAAAGACGGUUAAGCAGGCCAUUCACCGCCAGAUUCCAGUACUAGUCCGUACUAUGGGCUCAUCAUCAGAUCUACUUGAAAUAAUUUCAGAUCCUCCAAGUGGAAGCAAGAACCUUCUAAUGCAGGUUUUGCAAAUACUGACAGAUGGGACGAUUCCCUCCUCAGAAUUAUUGUUCACAAUAAGAAAGUUAUAUGAUUCAAAAGUAAAGGAUUUAGAGAUUGUUAUCCCGAUCUUGCCAUUCCUUCCAAAGGAUGAGGUUAAGCUGAUUUUUCCCCAUGUUGUGAAUCUUCCCCCAGAAAAGUUCCAGUCAGCACUUGCCCGCAUACUAAAGGGAUUGUCUCAUUCAGGUCCAGUGCUCACUCCAGCUGAAGUGCUAAUUGCUAUCCAUGGGAUUGACCCUGAAAAAGAUGGAAUUCCCUUGAAGAAGGUCACAGAAGCUUGUAAUGCAUGUUUUGAGCAGAGGCAAGUAUUCACCCAACAAGUGCUUGCAAAAGUUUUGAAUCAAUUGGUUGAGCAGAUCCCUCUUCCUUUAUUGUUCAUGCGAACCGUAUUACAAGCCAUAGGUGCUUUCCCAGCACUGGUGGAUUUUAUAAUGGAGAUUCUGUCUCGUCUUGUGAGCAAGGAGAUUUGGAAAUACCCAAAGUUGUGGGUAGGAUUCUUGAAGUGUGCUUUCUUGACAAAGCCUCAGUCAUUUGGUGUGUUGCUUAAGCUACCUCCAGCACAGCUAGAAAACGCGUUGGCUAGAACUGCAGCACUGAAAGCACCAUUGAUCACUCAUGCUAGCCAACCAAAUAUCCGUUCUUCCCUUCCAAGAUCUGUUUUGGCGGUUCUUGGAAUUGUACCAGAGUCUGAGACUUCAAGUCAAGCACAAACUGGAGUUGCCCCUGAUUCUCAGAAUUCUAGUCAGGUGCAAACAAGUCAGGCUGACAGUGGACAUAUGAGUAACCCGGAUAAGGUGGUGACAGAGAAAUCUUAAAGAGCCAUGUGGUUCUAGCUGACCUUGCAAGAAGCCAAUUUUAACAAGUAUGAUUCUACAUUCUACAAUUCAAGUUUGGUCUUGCUUAUUCUACCAAAAGUGCCCCAGCUUAGCAAUUGGGUUAUCCAAGCUCCCAAAGCCAGAACUUCUAUGAUAUUAUCUCGCUCCAAAUCAGUGGAACUAGAUAUGAUGGGGCGUUUGAAUGUUGUAUUAUCAGUUAUCCCAAAGCCAUGUACCCUGGAAUCGCAAUCUUACUGGGAAAAAUAUUUCCAAUUAGGAAGACAUUAGGAGGGAUAUCUGACGGUGUAAAAGGUGUUAAAAUUUUGUACAUGAAAUUUGGCUCUCUCACUACCUGUGUAUACUGAUAUGGAUCUACUUCUGUACUUAAUGCUAUAGUUUUGGGGAU